AUGCCCCUCAAACCUCUAGCCUGGAUCCUGGACGCAAAUACUGACGGUGAGAGUAGUAACAAUGAUGAGACACGCAAGAGAGCUGCUCUAGAACUGAGAGAUCUGGUGAUAGUCUCCUCAAGAGAACUAAACUCUGACGACACACAAGACCUACCCCAGGAACGAUUCCAGGAAUUAUACAAUCUCGUGAAUCAGCGAAUUACACAACUUAUAAGUCAUGGCAACGACCCUGCCGACCGUCUUGGUGGCAUCCAUGCGCUCGACGCGCUCAUUGAUUUCGAUGGCGUUGAUGUGGGACAGAAGACAACCCGAUUUACACAGUCACUGCGAACCGUACUGAGAGGGAAAGAUCUGGUGCCUAUGCAACCGGCUGCUGUGGCACUAGGAAAAAUUUGUAGACCUGGAGGCUCACUUAUAUCAGAUCUCGUGGAAGCGGAGAUCAAAACGGCGUUGGAGUGGCUGCAGUCGGACCGUGUUGAAGAACGACGAUACAGUGCAGUUCUUGUGCUGAGAGAACUUGCCCGCAACGCCCCUACUCUUGUAUAUGGAUUUGUGAGCCUCAUAUUUGAUCAGAUAUGGGUUGGACUACGCGAUCAACGACUGCUCAUCCGACAGACAGCAGCCGAGGCUAUCAGUGCCUGCUUCCAAAUCAUCAGAGAGAGGGAUCAGAACAUGCGUCAGCAAUGGCAGUCAAAGAUAUACGAGGAGGCAGUCCAAGGGGUGAGACAAGCGUCGGUUGAAUACAUCCAUGGCUCACUGCUUGUAAUCAAAGAGCUACUCCAACAAGGAGGCAUGUUCAUGCAUGAACACUACCAAGAGGUUUGCGAGAUAGUGUUCCGACACAAAGACCACCGGGAUUACCAGAUCCGCCGAACUGUCGUCUUAUUGAUUCCAGAGUUGGCGAAUUACUCACCUACGGAGUUCGCCUCGUCAUACCUCCAUAAAUUUAUGGUUUUCCUCUCCGGCAUGCUGAAGAAGGACAAGGACCGAAAUGAUGCGUUCUUAGCCAUCGGAAACAUUGCAAAUGCUGUCAAGAGCGCAAUUGCACCAUAUUUAGACGGUGUGCUGAUAUACGUCCGCGAGGGGUUGAGUCUCAAAUCACGACGAAGUGGUACCGUAGAUCCGGUUUUUGACUGUAUCAGCAGACUCGCUGUUGCUGUUGGCCAGACUCUCAGCAAAUACAUGGAAGCCCUCUUGGAUCCCAUCUUUGCUUGCGAAUUGACUCCAAAACUCACCCAAGCUCUGGUGGAUAUGGCAUUCUAUAUCCCACCAGUAAAAUCAACCAUCCAAGAGCGACUUUUAGACAUGCUGAGUAAAGUGCUCUGUGGCGAACCUUUCAAACCUCUAGGCGCACCUACUCCAAAUAGCAUUGCGGCAGCUCCUGUUGUUCCCAAGGACUCGAAAGACCCUCAGGCAUACGAGCACAGGCAAGCGGAGAUUAAGCUUGCCUUGAACACUCUAGGCAGCUUCGAUUUCUCAGGUCACGUGUUGAAUGAGUUCGUCCGUGAUGUUGCUAUAAAAUAUGUGGAGGACGAGAACCCAGAUAUCCGCGAGGCGGCAGCAUUGACUUGUUGCCAACUGUAUGUCAGAGACCCAAUUGUCAACCAGACCAGCCAUCAUGCAAUCCAGGUUGUUAGCGAAGUCAUCGAGAAACUGCUUACUGUCGGAGUUGCGGAUCCUGACGCAAGUAUCCGACGAACUGUACUUGCGGCUCUAGACGAGCGCUUCGAUCGGCAUCUUGCUAAGGCUGAAAACAUUCGAACUCUGUUUUUUGCCCUCCACGACGAAGUCUUCGCCAUAAGAGAAGUAGCAAUUGCUAUCAUCGGUCGCUUGACACACGUCAACCCAGCAUAUGUAAUUCCCUCUUUACGCAAAGUACUCAUUCAAAUGCUUACGGAGCUGGAAUUUUCUGAUGUGGCGAGAAAUAAGGAGGAAAGCGCAAAAUUAUUAAGUCUUUUGGUGCAGAACUCCCAAAGAUUGAUAAAGCCUUACGUGGACCCGAUGAUCUCUGUUUUACUCCCAAAAGCCCAAGAUCCAAGUCCUGCAGUUGCUUCGACAAUCUUGAAGGCUAUUGGUGAUCUAGCAACCGUCGGAGGAGAGGAUAUGCUUCCAUAUAUCGACAAACUCAUGCCGAUCAUCAUUGAAGCGUUGCAAGAUCAGAGCUCGUCUGCGAAACGUGAAGCUGCCCUGCGAACCCUGGGUCAAUUGGCCAGCAAUUCCGGCUAUGUCAUCAAGCCUUACCUAGAUUACCCCUCACUGCUCGAAAUUCUCCAAGGUAUCAUCCGGACAGAGCCUCAACGAGGACCGCUUCGCCAAGAAACCAUCAAACUUCUGGGUAUCCUUGGGGCCCUUGAUCCCUAUAAACACCAACAAGUCGAAGAGAGGUCGCCCGAGAUGCAGCUACGUCUCGAAUCGAAUCAGACAACGGACAUUUCACUUAUGAUGACAGGACUUACCCCCUCAAACAAGGAGUACUUCCCGACGGUCGUCAUAAAUGCUUUGCUCCAAAUUCUGAAGGACCCAUCCCUUGUUCAGCAUCAUGCCGUGGUCGUUGAGGCCAUCAUGCAAAUUUUCAGAACACUUAACAUGGAGUGUGUUCCCUUCCUGGACAAAAUUAUCCCCGCCUUCUUAGCGGUUAUUCGGAGCUCUCCUUCGACUAGACUCGAAUCCUACUUCAGUAACCUAAGCAUAUUGGUAACCAUAGUCAAGCAGCAUAUCAGGAACUAUCUUCCAGAUAUCGUAACUGUCUUGCAGGAGUAUUGGAAUGUGUCGCCCAGCUUACAAGCAAAUAUUCUUCAACUUGUGGAAGCAAUUUCACGGUCACUGGAAGGAGAGUUCAAGAUCUAUCUUGCAGGCCUCUUGCCACUCAUGCUUGGUGUACUUGAAAAGGAUACCUCGACAAGACGCUUGCCUUCCGAGCGAGUUCUACACGCAUUCCUGAUUUUUGGCUCUAGUGCGGAGGAAUAUAUGCACCUCAUUAUUCCCGUCAUCGUUAGUGUUUUCGAGAAGCCACAACAGCCUUCAUUUAUUCGAAAAUCCGCAAUAGACACCAUUGGCAAGAUUUCGCGGCAAGUCAAUUUGAAUGAUUACGCGUCCAAAAUCAUACAUCCAUUGGCGAGAGUACUAGGGGGUAAUGAUCCAUCGUUGCGCAUUGCAGCCCUCGACACUCUGUGUGCUCUGAUUUUUCAACUUGGCAAAGACUAUCUUCACUUUGCCUCAACGAUCAACAAGGUGCUUGCUGCAAACCAAAUCCAGCACCAGAACUAUGAACUCUUAGUUGCCAAACUUCAAAAAGGAGAGGUCCUUCCACAAGACCUCAACGCCGAUGACCGUUACCGCUAUCAAAAUGACGAUAGUGCCUCUAUAGAACCGUCUAACAAGAAACUUGACUCUAAUCCAGUUCAUUUGAAAGCUGCAUGGGAUGCCGCUGGUAAAUCUACAAAGGAGGAUUGGCAAGAAUGGAUGCGACGUAUCAGCUUGACCGUUUUGACUGAGUCACCUAACCAUGCCCUCAGAGCGUGUGCAUCGUUAGCAAGCGUGUAUCCCCCGCUUGCAAGGGAGCUGUUCAAUUCGGCGUUCGUGUCUUGCUGGAAUGAUCUAUUUGAACCAUAUCAGGAUGACCUGAUCCAGAACAUUGAGCUUGCCAUCAAGUCACCCCAGGUUCCGCCAGAGCUUCUUGGUAUCUUGCUUAAUCUGGCAGAAUUCAUGGAGCACGACGAUAAAGCUCUACCUAUUGAUAUCCGAGUUUUGGGACGUGAAGCUGGUAGGUGCCAUGCUUGGGCCAAGGCUUUGCAUUACAAGGAAUUGGAAUUUAUCCAGGACCAAUCCGGUGGAGCUGUCGAGGCACUGAUACAGAUCAAUAAUCAGCUCCAGCAAUAUGAUGCAGCUAUUGGUAUUUUACGCAAGGCCCAAACAUUUAAGGACGGUAUCAUCUUGCGCGAGACCUGGUUCGAGAAGCUUGAGCGUUGGGAGGAGGCCCUCGACUUCUACAAGAAACGUGAGCAAGAGCUCGGCGGUACUGAGAAAGUUGAAGUAAUCAUGGGCAAGAUGAGAUGUCUGCAUGCGCUGGGAGAAUGGGAAUCGCUCUCGACGUUAGCUCAGGAUCAUUGGCAUACCUCAACCCUCGAUGUCAAGAGAGCAAUUGCUCCUUUGGCUACGGCCGCCGCUUGGGGACUGAGACAAUGGGAUUUGAUGGACGACUAUUUGAGUGUUAUGAAGCCAAACACACCGGAUCGAUCAUUUUUCGGUGCCAUCCUUGCUUUGCACCGUAAUCAGUUCCGAGAAGCCGCUCUCUACGUACAGAAAGUUAGAGAAGGCCUCGAUACGGAAUUGAGUGCGUUGGUUAGCGAGUCGUAUAACAGAGCUUAUACCGUUGUGGUUCGGGUACAAAUGCUUGCCGAGCUGGAAGAACUUAUUGUCUAUAAGCAAAGCAACAACAACCCAGUCAAGCAAGAAACGCUACGACACACAUGGGAAAAGCGUCUUCUCGGCUGCCAGAGAAACGUGGAAGUCUGGCAAAGAAUGCUAAAGCUGCGUGCUUUGGUCAUCUCCCCUAAAGAGAACAUGCAGAUGGAAAUCAAGUUUGCAAAUCUUUGUAGAAACUCGGGGCGAAUGGGUCUCGCAGAACAGUCUCUGAAGAGUCUCAUUGGGAGUGAUGAGAGCUUGAACAUGAUGCUACCAAAUGCUGAUGGCGAUCUCCACCAGAAUGGGCGUCGCACAAAAAAUGUACCGGCUCACGUUCAAUAUGCUGUUCUCAAGUACCAUUGGGCGGCAGGGAAGAAAGCCCCGGCCUUGGCAGCAUUGAGAGAUUUGACAACAGAAAUGGCGGACCGGUUGGAUGCCGCUCAGAUGAGUGCCCAAGGUAUGAAUGGUGUCAACGAUCAUUUCAAUGGCAACGCGGGUCUCCUCACGAACGGCUACCCUCACAACAACAUGGGAGGUUCCGCAAGCCCAAUUUUGAACCCAAAGGCCUUGGCUGAACAUACGAAGCUUCUGGCCAGAUGUUGCCUAAAGCAGGGCGAAUGGCAAGUUGCCCAAAAGAAAGGCGACUGGCAACAUGACCAUGUUGAGGACGUUCUUUCUUCCUACCGCGCCGCUACUCAUUUCGAUCCUAGUUGGUACAAGGCUUGGCAUGCAUGGGCUCUUGCGAAUUUCGAGAUCGUCCAAGCUUAUACCAAUCGAAUAGAUCGAGAUAGCCGCAGUCUAGUCAUCCCUGCAAAUGUUCAGGUCGACCACGUCGUACCUGCUGUUCGUGGCUUUUUCAAGUCCAUUUCCCUCUCGGAGGGAAGCUCUUUGCAAGAUACCUUGCGACUUCUGACCUUGUGGUUUGCCCAUGGUGGAAGUGCAGAUGUUAAUGCAGCCGUUACGGAAGGUUUCGCUUCUGUCAGUGUCGACACCUGGCUGGAAGUCAUUCCUCAACUCAUCGCCAGGAUCAAUCAACCUAACCAACGCGUUCGUCAAUCGAUUCAUAAUUUACUGGCAGAUGUUGGCAGGGCUCAUCCACAAGCUCUCGUCUACCCUCUGACUGUAGCGAUGAAGUCAAGCUCCGACGAUCGCCGAUCAAAACAGCGCUCACAAGCUGCUGUACAGAUUAUGGACAGUAUGCGUCAGCACAGCGCAAGACUCGUUGAACAAGCAGACGUUGUAAGUCACGAGCUUAUCCGCGUUGCAGUACUAUGGCACGAACUUUGGCAUGAGGGACUUGAGGAGGCAUCGAGACUCUAUUUUGGUGACCGCAACAUCGAGGGCAUGUUCCAGACGUUGAAACCACUUCAUGACAUGCUUGACCUGGGACCCGAGACACUCAGAGAAAUCUCAUUUGCCCAAACUUUCGGCCGUGAUCUCCAGGAAGCUCGGGAAUGGUGCAAUGCGUACCGGCAAUCAGGAGAUGUCGGUGAAAUUAACUCUGCUUGGGAUCUCUACUACCAAGUUUUCAAGAGGAUUGCACGUCAACUACCCCAGCUUAAUAAUCUGGAGCUAGCUUACGUCUCUCCCAAGCUACUUCAUGCUCGAGAUUUGGAUUUGGCUGUUCCUGGCACAUAUCAAAGUGGCAAGCCAAUUGUUCGCAUCCUAAACUUUGAGACGAAUUUCAGUGUCAUCUCAUCAAAACAGCGGCCACGAAAGCUGAGCUUGAAUGGAAGCGACGGUAAACCUUACGCGUUCCUUCUCAAAGGGCAUGAAGAUAUCCGCCAGGAUGAACGUGUAAUGCAAUUGUUUGGCCUUUGCAAUACUCUCCUACAUGGCGAUUCGGAGUCCUAUAAGAGACACUUGAAUAUUCAGAGAUAUCCUGCUAUUCCGCUGUCACCGAGCUCUGGUCUUCUGGGAUGGGUUCCAAACAGUGACACUUUGCACGUCCUCAUUCGCGAGUACAGAGAAAGCCGCAAAAUUCUGCUCAAUAUUGAACAUCGCAUUAUGCUGCAAAUGGCUCCUGAUUACGAUAAUUUGACUCUGAUGCAAAAGGUUGAAGUGUUCGGAUAUGCGUUAGACAACACUACUGGUCAAGAUCUCUACCGAGUUUUGUGGCUCAAGAGCAAGAGCUCCGAAGCUUGGCUCGAACGACGAACGAACUACACACGAUCUCUGGGUGUCAUGUCCAUGGUCGGCUACAUGCUUGGUCUUGGUGAUCGGCAUCCUUCGAAUUUGAUGCUGGACAGAGUGACGGGCAAAAUCAUUCACAUCGAUUUCGGGGACUGCUUUGAAGUCGCGAUGCAUCGUGAGAAAUACCCAGAGCGGGUACCAUUCCGAUUGACUAGAAUGUUGACCUACGCAAUGGAGGUUGGCAAUAUCGAGGGAAGUUUCAGAAUCACUUGUGAGAACGUCAUGAGAGUGUUGCGUGACAACAAGGAGUCUUUGAUGGCUGUUCUUGAAGCUUUCAUCCACGACCCGCUCCUCAAUUGGCGUCUCACUGGCGACACCUCACCAGCUGGUCCAAAUUUCCGCUCCGAACAACGUGACUCUCUCAUGGCAGCACGGGACCGACGGCCUUCAAUCAUGGAUGCAGAGAUUCCACCCACGGCUCUCAUGGCUCAAGAUCCAAUAGCAGCUCCUGGCGGACCGCCAUCAUCCCGACCACGCGGAAGAACGAACUCCACAGCAGCAGGAAACAUGGGAAUCGAUCCUGAAAUGGCAGAGACGCAGAACGAACGAGCAAUGCAAGUUCUGAACAGAGUGAAGGAGAAGUUGGUAGGACGAGACUUCAAACCUGAAGAAGAAUUGUCAUACAUCGUGCAGGUUGACAAGUUAUUGACCGAGGCGACGAAGUUCGAGAAUCUGUGCCAGCACUACAUUGGCUGGUGUAGUUUCUGGUAA